AUGCGCGCGCUCGUCGGCGUCGUCGCCUCGACGGCGAUGAUGAAGACGGUGACGGUGUACAUCGAGCGCGUGCGACGACACGCGCGGUUGAAGCGAUUGGUGAAGACGACGCGCAAGGUGAGCGCGCACGACGAGGAUGAAAUCGCGCGCGUGGGCGAUCUCGUGCGGCUGACGCCGUCGCGGCCGCUGAGUAAGACGAAGCGAUGGGUGGUGGAGGCGGUGGUGCGAAAAGAGCGGGAGUUUGACUUGGACGCGGUGAACGCGGCGGUGCGGGAACGGGUGGGGGUGGAGAAGCGGGAACGGGCGGCGGCGAAGAGAGGGUUCGCGGCGAGCGGCGCGGACGAGAGCAUAGGGUCGAGUAGGGCGAGAUGA